CCCCCAAAACCCAGCACCCCCUCCGCUUCGUAAGCCCAACAGUCCACCACCACCCCACUCCACCACUUCCCGUCGCACGCGCACGUCCGCCGCCUCCGACGCCGGCGCCGGCGAGAGGAGGGGACCACAGCGAUGGACGGCGGCCUCGAUGGCGAGUGGGAGGACGAGAGCUUCCUGGAAGAGCUCUUCCGCGCGCAGGACGAGGCCGUCGCCUCCCACAACCCUAACCCCACUCCUACUCCCACUCCGGCCCCCGCCCCCGUCACCCAUGACCCCGCCGCCGCCGCUCCCAUCUCAUACCUCCCCGCCGCCACUUCGUACCCUUCCCCCGCGCUCCGCUUCUCCCCUCCGCGGGAGCUCACCCAGCGCCCGCCCCUCCCCCUGCCGCCCGCCGCGGCCAGCUACGAUGAGGCGAUGGCUAUGGUCGGCCGCGACUUUUCCCCUCCGCGCGAGCUCUCCCAACGACCGGCGGUUGAGGAUAGCGACUGCGCAAUCGUCGUGGUGUCUGGCCCCGCUGGCGGCGACCGCUUCAUGAGUACUGGUGGCGGCGUGGGCGCCAAGAGGGGGAGGGAAGCGAGGGAGGUCGAGAGGCUCAAGAGGGAGCUGAACCGUGUCUCCAAGCAAAUGAAUGACUUGAAAAAUGAAUGCACUGAGCUGAGAAAGGACAGAACUAGGAAAGAUCUUCAGAUCAAGGCUAAAGAAGCGGAAAUUCAAAAUCUCAAAAAGGCAAACUUGGACUUUGCUGGCAAAGAUGUUUGUGGCGCAGGGAUGGACAUUGAUCAGUCUGUUCAUGUCCCUGCAAACGGGGCUUUGCAUGCUGUUGGUUCUUGGGCAUCCACAAGAACAAACAAGUCAAAUCGUAAAGUUAAGGAGGGUGAUUCCUUUCGAGAAGAUUUGUGUUUGAAGCAAAGACAUCAAACUGAUUUGCCUGAGGCCUUGGAACUGAAGCAUCGCACCAUGAUUGAUAACACAACAAGUACCUCUGGAGGAGUAUCUUUGGAGGAAAGUGCCCACCUUCAACCAAGAAGCAUGAAGUGCCAGGAAAUUAAGGCGAUAGGAGUCCAGACAGAUAAUACAUUGAACAGCGAACAUCUUGACUACAAGAAAGUACUGGUCGAGCGUAUCUCUAGCAAUCUACGUGCAAUCUGGGGCAUGCCGACUAACAGUUUGUCGGGUAGGAAUCUGAUCUCAAAGAUCAUUGUUUCUUGCUCAGAAGAAAUUUUGGCACUUCUCCAGUGUACCAGAUUGACAGACGAGUGUGGUACCUCUUCUGAAGCAAGAUCCUCCAUGGAUGAAGCUAUUUCCGAAGUAUAUGACAUGUUCAUUAAGAUGAGUAGUGAGAAGAUACCAAUACAAACCUUUCUUGAAGCAUUGCUAAAUCUUUGUUCUUUUGAUAAUGCUGCUAUAGUCGGUAGAACUUUGCGGAUAUUGCACAGAGUCUUGCAACCCUUGUUGAAUUAUGGAACCAAGUCUAACGGACGGAACAAUGUUUCUGUUGAACCAUAUGUUAAUAUGCACAUGGAGAACAAUCGCAAUGACAGUUCCACUUUGCUGACUACGCCUGAUGCUGAAAAUCUAUUGAGGCGACAUAAUAUGUCUCUUCCUUUUACUUUCUGGAGUUCAGUCUUCACCCAAAUGCUUCAAAUCGGGGCCAAGCAUUCAGAAGAGAGCAUUCGUGUUGAUGCAUUAUCCAUAAUGAUUCUAAUUGUAAGAACAACUGAUCCCAUUGAGGAACGCCAAAAAUUCGCGUUUACUUCUGUAAUGGAAAGAUUGCAUCGGCUAUUGCAGAAAGAAAAUGGAUCGCUUGUGAAGAAGCAUUCUGUGCGUCUACUGUUCUUGCUUUUGAAUUGCCCAGCAAUAUUGAAGUUGCUAUGUAGUGGAGGCAAAGAUGGUUCUGAACAGAUGGAGUCAGAAGGAAUAAAAAACGAUAGAUCAAAGCAAGCUGUGAGCUCAGUUCUUGAGGAUUUAUCCGAGUGUUUGACUUGUGAGGCAACAUGUUCUCUGGGGAUUGAACUUUGUCGGCUUGUUAUCAUUCUGUUAGCCUAUAUAGCUUCCAGUGGCAAAUUGGGAUAUGAAGUGCUUUUAGGUCCAGUGACUGCCCGUGGCACCAAUUUCUUAGAGCUGAUCAUGGAAGUCCUUGCAUCACAGAUGCAUUAUGAAACACUGGAGUUAUUAAAGGAAAGGUGUUUACUGAUGAGAGAAGCUCUUAUCCUUCUAAACCGACUGGCAUCACACGCUAACUUUUCAAAACCAACUUUGGAAGUUCUGACAAGCAGCAAGUUAUGUGCAACCUUGACAAUUGAUGUUGCGAACCGGUUGCCCCAGACCCAGAUGGCCAAUGAUCUUGCUGAAUUGGCCCAAAAGUUCCGGUUGCGAGUGUACGGUUUCCUGGAGGAGAAACCUUUGACAGCUGAUGGUUCCAAUCCAAACGCUUCGCGCAAGAUUUCCAAUUUCCAGGAACAGCAAAAUUCGUCAGUUGACCGUUCCAUUCCCAGGUAGCUGGGACAAUAACAUGGACAGCAAAUGAGGCGUAUGUCGCUAGUUGCUUGGGAUAUGUUGGUUCUCUUUCCAUACUAACCGUACGAUCUUACCUUUCUGGGUUCGACCGGCUUGGCUGGGGCGAGUAGAUAGCUUUUGGCUGGUGGUGUAUAGAGUUGCUUCCUCGCCAUUUUGGAUAAAUGGUAGUUCUACGGCAAGGCAAUGGAAAUGUAUAUCAGACUUCUCUGUAACAGCCCAAAAUUCAAAUCCAAUAUAAAUGACUUUAGAAAUAUCUAGAAACAGCU